AUGGCUGCCGCUGCGGCAGCUGCAGCUGCGCUCGAUCCGAGCAACAGCACAAAAAAUACUCUCAAACUUGAAAAUACUGAGAAGAGAGAUACCCUCAUCGCCAUCGAGAAGAAAUACCAAGCGCAAUGGAGAGAGAACAAGGUGUUCGAAGUCGACGCCCCUUCCCUCUCCGAAGUCCCCGCCGGUACCCUGUCUGCGGCGGAACUCCGUGCUAAAUAUCCCAAGUUCUUUGGAACUAUGGCUUACCCUUACAUGAAUGGGACUUUGCAUGCCGGCCACAGCUUCACCGCAAGUAAAGUCGAGUUCAUGACCGGGGUCGCACGGAUGCAGGGAAAGAGGGCUCUGUUCCCCCUUGGGUUCCACUGCACGGGAAUGCCGAUCAAGGCUUGCGCGGACAAACUAGCGGAUGAAGUCAGGAUGUUUGGGAAGAACUUUGAGAGAUAUAACGAUGAAGAGGCCGAAACGCCCGAUGAGCCGCCCGCUCCGACAAACGAAGUCAAGGCCGACCCGACAAAGUUCUCUGGCAAGAAGAGCAAGGCUGCCUCCAAGACCGUGAGGAUGAAGUACCAGUUCCAGAUCAUGCUGGCCAUUGGUAUACCGUUGGAGGAGAUCCACAAGUUUGCUGAUGCCAAUCACUGGCUUCAUCACUUCCCUCCCCUUGCAAUCCGUGACCUCAACAGCCUAGGCGCAAGGAUUGACUGGCGGAGACAAUUCGUUACCACUGACGCUAACCCAUACUAUGACGCCUUUGUCCGGUGGCAGAUGAACCGCUUGCAUGAAUUGGGAAAGAUCCAAUAUGGCAAUCGGUAUACCAUCUACUCUCCCAAGGACGGCCAGCCUUGCAUGGACCACGACCGGACCGAGGGAGAAGGUAUCGGUCCGCAAGAAUACACUGCCUUGAAGCUCAGGGUGAAGGAAUGGUCUCCUGCUGCGGUUGAACUAGUUAAGGGCAAGAUCGAGGAUGACGCUAAUGUCUACUUCAUCCCUGCCACGUUGCGUCCAGAGACCAUGUACGGUCAGACUUGCUGCUUCGUCGGACCAAAGAUUACCUAUGGUCUCUUCAAGGUCAAAGAAAAGGAAUACUAUAUUGUGACGAAAAGAGCGGCCUGGAACAUGGCAUUCCAGGGCAUCUUCUUUGACAGUGAACACUUCCCGAAGACGCAGGACGAGCUGCCGUUAGUUGUUGAAGCUCAGGGUUCCACCUUUGUUGGAACUCUGGUCCAUGCUCCUCUUUCGGUUCACACUGGUGGUGUUCGAAUUCUGCCGAUGGAGACUGUGUCGCCAACGAAGGGAACUGGUGUCGUCACUUCGGUGCCGUCAGACAGUCCCGACGACUUCGCCACUGUCACUGAUCUCGCGAAAAAGGCGGAUUAUUACGGCAUUAAGAAGGAAUGGGCUGAAUUGGAGAUCCUCCCUAUCAUCGAGACUCCAACAUACGGGAACUUGACCGCACCCACGUUGGUGAAGCAGCUCAAGAUCAACUCUCCCAAGGAUGCCACCCAGUUGGCUAAAGCCAAGGAAUUGGCUUACAGUGAGGGUUUCUACAAGGGUGUCAUGCUUGUGGGUGAGUUCAAGGGACAGCCAGUGCAGGCUAUCAAGGACAAAGUUCGCCGAUCUCUCAUUGAGAGCGGUGAUGCUUUCCCCUUCGCGGAUCCCAUGGGCAAGGUCGUCAGCCGAAGCGGAGAUGAGUGUGUUGUAGCCUAUUUGGGCCAAUGGUUCUUGAACUACGGAGAGAAUGACGCGAAAUGGCAAAACGACACUCUGAAUUAUGUUGUCAACGAGCUCAACACGUUUACGGCCGAGACCCGGAACGGAUUCGAGGGCAACCUGACCUGGCUGAACCGGUGGGCGUGCGCGAGAACAUACGGUCUUGGCUCAAAGCUUCCGUGGGAUCCAAAGUUCCUGGUUGAAAGUUUGAGUGACAGUACGAUCUACAUGGCUUACUACACGAUCGCGCACCUUCUCCACGCAGAUCGGUACGGCGAAACUCCUGGUCCUCUCAACAUCAAGCCGGAGAACAUGAUUGAUGAAGUGUGGGAUUACGUCUUCACGAGGCGUGAGCUUGACGACGAGCUCAUCAAGAAGAGCGGCAUCAGCAAGGAUGCACUGCUGACGAUGCGCCGAGAAUUCGAGUAUUGGUACCCGCUGGAUGUCCGAGUCUCUGGCAAGGACCUCAUCCAGAACCAUCUCACCUUCUUCCUCUACAUCCACAUCGCUCUCUUCCCACCGGAAUACUGGCCGCGGGCCGUUCGAGCCAACGGCCACUUGCUGCUUAACGGCGAGAAGAUGAGCAAGAGCACGGGCAAUUUCCUGACCUUGAAGGAUGCGGUGGACAAGUAUGGCGCUGAUGCGACACGAAUUGCCUUCGCUGACGCCGGAGACGGGAUCGAGGAUGCGAACUUCGAGGAGACCGUUGCUAACAGCAGCAUCUUGCGCUUGUUCACCCUGAAAGAGUGGAUUGAGGAGGUUGUCAAAGAUCAGAGCUUGCGCACUGGACCGGCGGACGCUUUUUGGGACAAGCUGUUUGAGAACGAGAUGAAUGUGUUGGUCCGGGAAACUAUCAAGCACUAUGAGAACACCGAUUUCAAGCUUGCUCUCAAGUCUGGACUUUAUGACUUUACGGGCGCUCGUGACGCGUACCGCGAGGCUGCGACUGCUGCUGGUGUCGGAUUGCAUCGUGACGUUGUCCUCCGAUAUAUCGAGCUUCAAGCUUUGAUGAUUGCUCCUAUCGCGCCUCACUGGGCGGAAUAUGUUUGGCUCGAGGUCCUCAAGAAGCCUGAGUCGAUUCACUAUGCUGUCUUCCCCACUGUGCCCGAGCCAUCACCCGCGCUUUCAGCUGCGUCGGCAUAUGUCCGCAACACCUCGUCCAGUAUCACGUCGGCAGAAGCUGGCUUUGCGAAGAAGCUUUCGAAAGGAAAAACCACCAGCUUUGACCCGCGGAAGCCAAAGAAACUCACGAUCUACGCAGCCAAGCAGUUCCCUACUUGGCAGGAGAAGUACAUUGACCUGGUUCGCGAGGCCUUUGACGCCGUUAACCUCUCCAUUGACGAUAAGGAGUUGAACGCCAAGGUGGGCAAGUUGGGCGAGAUGAAGAAGGCGAUGCCGUUUGUGCAGAACUUGAAGAAGCGGUUGAUCCAGGGCAAAGAGGCUCCCGAGACGGUGUUCGCGAGGAAGCUGCCGUUUGAUGAAUUCGCGGUCCUCAGCGAGAUGCUUGGCGGUCUGAAGCGCACGACCGGGUGCAAGGAGAUCGAGAUCGUCGCCGUCGACGAGGGCGGCAAGACGGGCACGGUUCUGGGCACGAAUGAGAAGAGGGAAAACCUUCAGGCUGAGAAUGCUGUUCCGGGUCAACCUACUUUCCAUUUUGCGAACAUUGCGGAGUGA